AUGGGAAAAAAGUAUUUUAAGUACCUUUACCGACGGAUGAAAGAAGAAAUGGGAACAGUCACCUGCCGUAUAUCCCAGUUUUCUGAUGAAUUCUAUUCAUGCAACAAUUAUGCUGGCGCGAUUAUUUAUGGAAUUGAUGGACAGUUUCAAUGGCAAAAUUUAGAAAGUGGUCAGGCAUAUGGAUACAAAGGAAGAAGUUUCUAUAUCAUCAUACAGUGUACAGACAAUUGGCCAGAAGAAAAUCUUAAAGCAGCUGGACAAGGACGAGUACAGGAUUAUUUACUAAAGAAUGUUUUAGGUAUUGAUUAUGAUCAAGAUCGUGUUGCAUGCGGGGGAUUCAGCUAUGUUGAUGGAGAGUUGAAAUUUAGUAGCGUUUGGCUCAAUGCAAGGAAUCAAACUGGUGCUGAAAGUGACGGAAGUAAAUACCUCAGUGAUCUUGAGGUGGAUUUAGUCAAAUUUUGUUUUGAUCAAUAUAAAGAAUACGGUGCAAGUCAUAUGUUUGAGUUAUCAUGGGCUAUUGACGAAAACUUAUUGGCACGUGACGAUGAAUUAGUAAUAAGCGAUAGCGAAAUAUCAACAAGUGAUGAUGAACUAUCAUUUAACGUCAAUGGAUUAUCAAUAAAUGACGAUGAAUCAUCAUACAGUGAUGAUGACUCAUGA